AUGUCAGUCGAUGACCUUAGCAGACUCCGGAGACCGAGUGAAGAGGGGACUGAAUCUUCUCCGGGCGAGAAUAAGAGAAGACGGAAGCUGAACCAUGUCACCAAAGCCUGUGAUGCAUGUAGAUUGAGAAAGACUAAGUGCGACGGAAUGUCCACCAAAUGUGGAGCUUGUGUCGACAAGGGUCUAAGCUGCACAUACGAGAAGGUUGAUGGGAGAAAAACUCGACAACGUCAGGGAAACAUCCGAGACAAGAUCGACAAUUUGACGAAUCUCCUUCUCGCCAGUCAGACCGUAGCGAACUUCGCCGCCUCCCAGCGACCGCAAUAUAAUACCCAGCAACAACCCCAUCUGCCCUCUCUUUCCCCACCUCAAACACUCCCCCCUCCUUCAGCUUGUUCUUUACGAUCUGUCCCUCCUGACCGACGUCCUCUCAGCCCGUUUGAUGAUCGACUCAUUGGUCUCGCCGCCAAACCAGCAAGAGCUUGGGGUUUCGAGCAAUCCGAUGCCUGA